UCAUAAAACAUAAUAUUUUGUGAGUUCAAUUUUGAAGCGAUGAUUUUGUUUGCAGUCUUCGUAAUGCUCUCUUUGCAAGGUGUUUGGGCUGGUGGUUUCUAUCUGCUGGAUGCUAACCAACAAGUCACUACGAGUGGAAAAGGUCUUCUCAUGUACAGUGGGGGUACUGUUUGUGAAGAUGCCUUCAAUGAUGAAACAGCGGAUUGGAUUUGUCGCAUGAUGGGAUACGCGUCACUCGACUUUUGGACUAAUGGAAGGAAAUACACCUGGCAUGACAAAUACCCUAUAAAACUAGAUGAUAUACAGUGUUCCGGUAGUGUGGUACCAUAUUGUGAGUAUGAUACAUCCCACAACUGUUAUCAUAUUGAAGAUGUCUGGUUGAGCUGCAAAAUAAAGAUACAAAAAGGAGACCUAAACUCGUUCUACCUUCUUGACAACACUGAGAUGUUUACACAAAGCGGACACGGACUACUGAUGUACCAAGAAGGAACAGUUUCUUAUGACGGAUUUGAUGACACCACCGCUGACUGGAUAUGCCGGUUUAUGGGGUACGAGAAUGCCGCAGAUUGGGUUAAUGACCGCCAAUUUUCUUUCCAAGACGACCUACCGAUAAAGUUGAACAAUUUAGUAUGCUCUAAUACCUCGUAUUCCGACAUAUUACCCAAAUGUCAGAGUAGAAUAGGAACCGCUGAUGACAGCCAUGACGAGGACAUCUGGAUAUGGUGCAACUCAGUUGUCAUAGCAGAAUGUCCUGCAGGUUACAAAGUGAAGCUGAAGAACAAGUUGUGUCAAGAGUGUCCUCCUACAACCUACUCUCCGACACCAAACACCAAUUUCACCUGCUUGCACUGUCCUGAAGGAUCAAGCUCUCCUGCUGCAUCCCCAUAUUGCACGUGUGUAGGGGGUUCAUAUCUGAGCGCAGAUUACAGCAGUUGCCAGGCAUGCCCUACAGGGACAGCCAGUAAAGAGGGAAGCACGUCAUCUGGACAAUGUGUUCUGUGUCCAGAAGGAAUGAUUUCAAUUGAUGACGGAAAGGCAUGUAGCUGCAAUAAGGGUUAUGGCUGGUUGUGGACUUCUGCUGAAGAAGGAACAUGUAGCCCUUGUCCAGUCAACAGCUUCAAGACACUAGGCACAUGCAGACAGUGCCCAGUUGAAGCAACCUCUCUCCCCCUUUCCGAAGGCUGCACCUGUGCAGUUGGAUUAUCUUGGGAUGGGGAAAUUGUGUGGACUGUGUCACAGACCUAACUGGAGAUAAGG